AUGACUCCUGCUCAGAUCAAAUUUGCCCAGAACAGCAUCAAAUCUCUCAAAAACCGUCCGGAAUCUCCUGCGUUCCAAGCUCCCGUCAAUCCGGUGGCUCUGGGCAUCCCGCACUACACCCAGAUCAUUACCAGUCCAAUGGAUUUGGGUACCAUCGAUAUCAAGCUCGCCCUGACAGCAGCCGCCUCAAAGGGCGGCAAGCCUACAGAAAAGACGAAACAAGCAGCCGCUUGGGGCUUGGACCCGGCCAAGGAUGUGUACACUAGCGUGGAGCAAUGGGAAGGUGAUGUGCGUCUCGUUUUCACAAACUGUAUCCGCUUCAAUGGUCCGGACCAUCCGGUGUCGGCUAGCGCCAAGGCUCUCGAGGCCGUCUUCGAGAGACACAUGAAGACUCUGCCGAUUGAGGUGGCACCUCCUCUGCCAGAACCAGUUGUCGACGACAAGAAAGCCCGCCGACCGUCUAACCCUGUACCUACUAUUCGCCGCUUGUCUUCGGAUCUCAGCGGUCGUCCCAAGAGAGAGAUUCACCCGCCUCCUCCCCGAGACUUGCCCUAUGCUGAUGAGCCACAGUCCUCGUCUGGCGGCAAGAAGCGCAAAUCGGGCAAGCCUUUGACCGCCAGGGAGCAACAGUACUACGCAAAGGUCAAUCAGGACGAGCUCAAGUACUGUCUCAAGGUGAUUGACGAUUUCUUGACCAAGGCAAGCAACCAACACUUCAUGUGGGUCUUCAACGAUCUACCCGCUAAGGACAUGGACUUUGCCCCUGCGUACUACCAAUUGAUCAAGCGGCCCAUCUGUCUGAACCAGAUUCAGGGCAGGCUCAGGAAGCGGGAGUACGCGGACAAGAAUGACUUUGUGGCUGACAUGAAGCUUCUCUUCAACAACUGCUACACCUUUAAUCCUCCCGAUAACGAGGUUCAUCAGAUGGGCAAGCGAACGGAAGCGGUCUUCGAGGAGAAGAUGAGCAAUAUGCCGAAAGCCAAGCCACUCAGCCCCGAACCCGAUAUGGAAGACGAGGAAGAUGAGGAAGACGCAGAGGCGGAAGCAGCCAAGCUGGCACAGAUCCGAGAGCUUGAAGAGAAGCUUGCUGAGAUGAAGCGAGAGGCCAAGCUGGGCAGCGCCAAGGCCAGUGGUAGUGGUGGCAAGGCUGGCGGGCCUAAGAAGAAGGCUAGCUCAAGUGCUGUUGGAGAGGGUAAGAAGAAGAGUGCUUCGAAACCCAGAACUUCUUCGGCUGGCGGAGCCUCAGUCGACGGUCAGCCGAAGAAGCCUAAGCAGUCUAAGAAGAAGGCGGCCUCGGGAAGCAAAGGAGGUGCUGGCAGCGACGACGAGGAUGACGUUCGCGUCGUCACCUACGAGCAGAAGGAGGAGCUUGCGCGCAAGAUCACUCAGCUUUCCGAAGAGCGACUUGACGGCGCCUUGCAGAUCAUUAGCGAGGACAAGCCGGCAAGCGCAAACGAUGACGAGGAGAUCGAGCUGGACAUUGACGAUCUCAGCCCGCGCACGCUAUACCGACUCUACCGAUACGUGGUCAAGCCCAAGAAGAAGCCGGGACCCAAGCCGGGAACAGCCAAGGCGGGAUCGGGCAAAGGAGUGGGUGGUAAGAAGAGGAAGAACCUCGACGAAGAAGCAGAGGCAGCAAGAAUCGCCGCUCUCCAGGAGCAGCUCAACUCGUUUGAGAGGGCCAAUAGUGGGGCUGGAGCGGGCAGCGCUCCUGCUGCCUCCGCUGCCGCCCCCAUUGCCGGCGGUCACGAUGACCUGGUCCAGUCUGAGAGCAGCUCUGGUGAAGAGGAUUCUGAUGGGUCCGAGAGCGAUUACUGA